AUGUUCCGGACACAUCCCCUCGAUAUACCCGAGAUUCGCUCCAUAAUCGCCAACAAUCUUGGCCUCAAAGACCUCACGUCCUGUGCACGAGUGAGUCAGGAUUGGAGGCACUCAUUUACACCACCACUCUACAAGUCUGUCGUGGUAUCGGAACGUGGCCCCAGCCUGGAAUGUGUCGAGGAAAACAAGCACCUUAUUAAAAGCAUGAAGGUUCAGAGCUUUAAAUCUGCAGACCAAUCCUCAAUAUCUGCACAAGACAAAAUGCUUUCUAGCAUCCUGACCAACUCGAGACUGGCCACAUUGGACUUGAGCGGCAACUCGAUCGGAGAAAACGGAGUUCAGGCGCUGGUUGAGGCUCUCAAGACCAACUCAACUCUGGCUACUUUGAAAUUGCGCUGCACCUUGAUCAGAUUAAACGGAGUUCAGGCACUGGCUGAGGCACUCAAGGCCAACUCGAGUCUGACCACUUUGAACUUGAGCCUCAACUGGAUCAGAGACUACGCAGCUCAGGCACUGGCUGAAGCACUCAAGAUCAACUCCACUCUCACGACUUUGAACUUGGAGGACAACACGAUCGGAGAAAACGGAUCUCUGGCGCUGGUUGAGGCACUCAAGACCAACUCCACUCUGAUCGCUGUGAACUUGAGCGGGUGCUCGAUUGGAGGAAAUGGAGCUCAGGAGCUGGCUAAGACACUCAAGACAAACUCGAAUCUGACCACUUUGAACUUGAGCAGCAACUCGAUCGGACCCAACGGAACUCAGGCGCUAUCUGAGGCGCUCAAGACCAACUCGACCCUGACGACUUUGGACUUGAGCUUCAACUCAAUCGGACCCAACGGAACUCAGGCGCUGGCUGGCGCACUCAAAACUAAUUCGACUCUGACCAUUUUGAUCUUGGGCGCCAACUCGGUCGAGGACAACGGAGCUCAGGCACUGGCUGAGGCACUCAAGAACAACUCGACUUUGACCAAUUUGGACUUGACCCUCAACUCGAUCAGAGAAAACGGAGUUCAGGCAAUGUCUGAGGCACUCAAGGCCAACUCGGCUCUGACAACUUUGAACUUGACCCUCAACCCAAUCGGAGAUAACGGAGCUCAAGCGUUGGCUGAUGCACUCAAGACAAACUCAACUCUGACGACUUUGAACUUGAACAAAAACUCGAUCGGAGACAAUGGAGUUCAGGAACUGGCUGAGGCACUCAAGAGCAACUCGACUCUGACCACGUUAGACUUGUACUGCAACUCGAUCGGACACAACGGAGCUCAGGCUUUGGCUGAAACACUCAAGAUCAACUCAACUGUGCUGAUUUUGGGCUUUCUAAACUGA